AUGAGCGCCGAGCCGCCCUCCCGCGCCGCCGCCGCCGCCGCCGCCGCCGCCUCCUCGCAGCUCCGCGCUCUCUUCAGGAUGGAGCCGCUCCCGCCCGCCGCUUGCGAGCAGCUGGUGGGAGCCUGCGAGUUCCUCAAAGACCGACUAUAUUUUGCUACUUUACGGAACAGACCAAAAAGCACAAUAAACACCCACUAUUUCUGUACAGAUGAGGAACUUGUCUAUGAAAAUUUUUAUGCAGAUUUUGGUCCUCUCAACUUGGCUAUGCUAUAUCGAUACUGCUGUAAAUUAAACAAGAAACUAAAGUCAUUUAGUCUAUCAAGGAAGAAAAUAGUGCAUUACACCAGUUUUGAUCAACGGAAACGAGCAAAUGCAGCAUUUUUGAUAGGUGCAUAUUCAGUGAUUUACUUGAAGAAAACUCCAGAAGAAGCUUACCGACUACUUCUAUCUGGAUCCAAUCCACCAUAUCUUGCAUUUAGGGAUGCUUCAUUUGGAAACUGCACAUAUAAUCUAACUAUCCUGGACUGUCUACAGGGAAUAAAAAAGGCCUUACAGCAUGGAUUUUUUGACUUCAGAACAUUUGAUGCAGACGAAUAUGAACAUUAUGAGCGAGUAGAAAAUGGUGACUUCAAUUGGAUUGUCCCAGGGAAAUUUUUAGCGUUUAGCGGACCACAUCCAAAGACCAAAAUUGAAAAUGGCUAUCCUCUCCAUGCACCCGAAGCCUAUUUCCCAUAUUUCAGGAAACACAACAUAACAACAGUCAUAAGACUCAACAAAAAGAUUUAUGAAGCAAAGCGUUUCACAGAUGGAGGAUUUGAGCACUACGACUUGUUCUUCAUAGACGGAAGCACACCAGGCGAUAAUAUAGUGCGACGAUUCUUGAACAUCUGUGAGAAUGCAGAAGGUGCCAUAGCUGUACAUUGUAAAGCUGGGCUAGGAAGAACAGGAACGCUGAUAGCUUGUUAUAUAAUGAAACACUAUAGAUUCUCACAUUCUGAAGUCAUUGCCUGGAUAAGAAUGUGCCGUCCUGGUUCUAUCAUUGGACCCCAGCAGCAUUUUCUUGAAGAGAAGCAAACAUCCUUGUGGAUCCAAGGGGACAUUUUCCGAUCCAAACUGAAGCCAAGAGCAGAACAUGAAGAAAUCAUAUGCAAAGUUAUGGCUAACUUUGAUGACAUUUCUAUCAGUGGGACUUUAGACAGAUAUGGGGAGAAUGAUGUGGAAGACAAUGCAGAAGUAGAAGUAAAGAAUGGAAUGACUCAGGGAGACAAGCUUCGUGCCUUAAAACUUCAGCGGCAGCCACGUUCAGCUACAACCGGCGCUCUUAAGCUAGAAGAUAUGAAGCUGCAUACCAGAUCCAUGUCCCAGCCUUUCAGACUGAAUACUUCAGCAGUCUCACAAGGUUCUGUAUCUCCUUUGAAGUCCUCCAAAGUGAUGGCUAUGUCACCUGCAGCAAAGAGAAUAAACAGAAACGCUACAUCCACAAGCUCAAAUUUAAAAAGCAUUUCCAUAAACUCCAGGCUAGCCAGUUCUCUAGGGAACCUGUACGCUGCUUCAGAUGAUGCUGAGAGCAAACUGACAUCGUCCUCUAGGACAGGUUAUUCUGUAAACCAAACCUCCAGUCAUUUGAAUGGCAGUGCUCAGCCGCCUGCCAGAAAUUACCGUGAGCUGAACAACAACCUGUACAACAGGAGCGACAGUAGAGCUACCAACCUCAGCAGCUAUGCCAAUUCUCCCAGCGUCCUGACAGACGAGUACAGCACCUACAGAUCUUUUACGGGGCUCACUGCUUCUCCAGCAAGAUACCUGAGUCGCUCAAUUCCUUCCCUUCAGUCUGAAUAUGUUCAGCACUAAAGCCUUGUUGCUUCGGUGAAAGCUGGAUAGCUCUUACAAAUUCAGUGUUCUUCACGGACGAACAAUAUUGAGGGGAACAAGCAACCCACAGGGAAGAGACCCUUUCAUACUCGAUUAGAACUCUAAAGACAACUAGGUCUUUGAAUAACUGCAGACUUCUCUUAGUGACUGCUGCAAGUACACUGUACUUCUGAAUAUUACAAUUGUGUGCACAGAAGUGAGAUUUUAAUACUAGGGAUAUUUGUAAUGAAGUUUAGCAAUACAUUUGU